UCAUUUUUUCUAUUUAUGCACUUUAUUCUUUCCUUGGUGCAUGUUUAUUCCCCUAAAUUUAACCAUCCAUGACUAAAGUAUACUCAAAAUUGCACACAACAGCCUAAACUUUUUUCCAAUUUCAAGACAGUACUUCUACUGGUAGUACAAAAAUCCAACAGGGAGAUUUUCAAAUUUUAUAGCAUCACCAUUUCACUUUAUUUGAUGAUUCAGAGAGCACAAAAGUUGAAGAAAUCUCCUUUCAAUUUCUUGAAACAGCAACAUUUUCUAAAGGGUUUAACAAUGGCACCAGUUUGUAUGGAGGUCUGUGAGACAAAGAAUGACUCUUCUGCUGCUCUUCAAUUUGCUAGAAGUUACCAGCUUGAGGCGUUGGAGAAAGCCAUGAAGCAGAACACUAUUGUGUUCUUGGAGACUGGUUCGGGAAAGACAUUGAUUGCAGUCAUGCUCCUUCGAAGUUAUGCACACUUCCUUCGCCGGCCUACACAAUCCUACAUUGCAGUUUUCUUAGUACCUACUGUUGUUCUGGUGACACAACAAGCUGAAGUUAUCGAAACACAUACCGACUUAAAAGUUGGCAAGUACUGGGGAGAUAUGGGUGUUGACUUUUGGGAUGCUGCUACUUGGCAGAAAGAGCUGGACAAACAUGAGGUCCUUGUGAUGACACCAAAGAUCCUGCUUGAUGCGCUGAGCCAUACUUACAUCAAACUGGAGACGAUAAAAGUUCUAAUAUUUGAUGAAUGCCAUAAUGCCAGGGGAAAUCAUCCCUAUGCUUGCAUCAUGAAGGACUUUUAUCACCGUCAACUGCAUAGUAAUGCAGUCCCCAGGAUUUUUGGCAUGACUGCUUCACCUAUCAAAGCAAAAGCUAAAGGUUCUGAGUCGCAUGCUUACUGGAAAGAUAUUUCUGCUUUGGAGAAUCUCAUGGAGUCAAAGGUCUACACUUGUGUUAGUGAGGCUAUCUUGGCAGAGUAUGUUCCUUUCCCGAAUGCAAAGGCUCAGCUUUACAAUGAAGAUGCACCAAACACAUUGCAGAUGCGUCUGAUCGAUGGUUUGAACAUGCUGAGAGAAAAGCACAUAUCUGCUGUCAGAGAAAUGGGUGUUGAAAAAUUGACAGAAGAUUCUCUAUGUAACAAGUUAAGAAAGCUGUCAAAAACUUUUCAGUUCUGUUUGGAUGAGCUUGGUUUUUGGGCAGCAUUAAAGGCCUCAGAAAUAUAUCAUUGUGAAGAAACCGAAAUUUUCAGCUGGGGUGAAUUUGAUAUUCGUGGUGAAACGGCCAUAAGAGCGUUCAAUUCUGAUGUGCUCAAGGAGUUUUCAAGCCACAAGCCAUCCGGCUGCAAUUGGUCAAUCUCCAACGUGAAAGCUAAUCCGGAUGCCAGGAUUAUAUCCUCGAAAGUAUUGUGUCUUGUGGAGUCUCUUCUUGGCUAUAGGAGUUUAAAAGACAUGAGGUGCAUAAUAUUCGUUGAAAGGGUAGUUACGGCUAUGGUUCUUGAAACUAUAUUGGAUCAACUACUUUCUCAAACAAUUGGCUGGAGAGCAAAAUACAUAGCUGGGAAUCAUUCAGCACUGAAGUCCCAAAGCCGGAAGGAACAAAACAAAAUUGUCGAAGAGUUUCGCCGAGGGGAUGUUAACGUUCUUGUUGCUACCUCCAUUCUAGAGGAGGGGUUGGAUGUGCAAAGCUGCAACUUAGUUGUCCGUUUUGAUCCGUCAGCCAACAUUUGCAGUUUCAUUCAGUCUAGAGGCCGUGCUAGGAUGCAGAAUUCGGAUUUCCUGCUGAUGGUGAGAAGGGGAGACAAUUUGCAGCUAUCUCGAAUGAAAACCUAUCUUUAUUCUGGUGAUGUUAUGCGGAAGGAAAGUUUGAGCCAUGCUUCGCAUCCUUGUCAGCCGCUUCAGUUUAGCGAAUUUGAUGAGAUCUUCUAUCGUGUUCCAAGCACAGGGGCUAUUGUUACGCUGAGUUCUAGUGUUAGUUUGAUAUAUUUUUAUUGCUCACGCCUCCCUUCUGAUGGAUACUUCAAACCAUUACCUCGUUGCAUCAUUGAUGAGGCUCUGGAGACUUGUACACUGCAAUUUCCAAAUAGUUGUCCUUUGCAAUCAGUUUCCGUUAAAGGCAAUAGAAGGAUAUUGAAGCACCUUGCUUGCCUGGAAGCAUGCAAGAAGCUGCAUGAGAAAGGUGCUUUGACAGAUAGUCUUGUUCCGGAUAUUGUUGUAGAAGAGGGUCUGUCCAAAGAAAUUGAGCGUGAACCUUAUAAUGAUCACCAAGCAAGAUACGUCCCUUCAGAAUUUGUCGGUGAUGGUCCAACAUCUUCAUCUGACGUGUACCACGGCUACUUAAUGGAGCUGAAGCAAGACUUUUACUCUGACAUCCCUGUGCAUGACAUUGUUUUGGUUUUUAAAACAGAGCUUGCUUCCGAUGUGGGAAACAUGCAUUUUGACAUGGACGUUGACUGGGGUAACAUGUCUGUGGACGUAAAAUAUAUAGGCAAGAUCAAUCUUACUCGUAAACAGGUAGCUCUUUGUACACAAUAUCAAGUUGCUGUCCUGAGGGUUCUUAGAGAUCUGGACUUUGAUAAGUUAGUGGAGUCCGUGAAGGAAUUAAAUAAAUGGGAAAACAAUGAUGGUGCACCUGUUUCCCAUUAUGACUAUCUUCUUCUCCCCCGCCAUUGGCUGCAUCAAAGGUCACUUGUUGUUGACUUGGAAUGUAUAAGUUCUUCAUGCUUUCUGCGGGAUGUUGUUCAAGGUUCCUUCCCUAAUUGCAAUAAGAGGAAGUGUGCUCAUCCGGAUGAUGUGUACACCAAAAAUGGAUAUAUACAUCGUAGUGUGCUGGAGAACUGUUUGGUCUGCGCACCUCAUAAUGGUUACAUCUAUUCUGUCUCUGGGUUUUUAGAUGGCAUGGAUGGGAACUCACUUUUGAGGUUGAGCGAUGGUGAAUUUAAAACCUACAAGAGUUAUUACAAAACACGGCAUGGGAUUGACCUAAACUUUGAUAACCAAGCCCUGCUUUGCGGAAGACAGGUUUUCCGACUGAAGAAUUACCUUCAUAGGUGCCAAAAGAAGAGGGAGAAGGAAUCAAGUGGUGCUUCUGUCGAAUUGCCUCCUGAACUCUGUUUCGUCAUCAUGUCGCCCAUAUCAGUUGCUACGCUCUAUACCUUUUCAUUUCUUCCUUCAAUUAUGCAUCGAGUUGAAUCUCUGUUAAUGAGUGCCAACUUGAGAAGCAUUAUCACGGGUCACUGCAUGCAAAAUGUUAUAAUUCCAGCCACUAAGGUUCUUGAAGCUAUUACAACCAAGCGCUGCCAAGAGGAAAUUCAUCUGGAAUCCCUAGAGACCCUUGGCGAUUCAUUUUUGAAGUAUGCUGUCUGCCAACAGCUGUUUAAGACUUGCCAAAAUACUCAUGAGGGACUCCUUAGUAUGAAAAAAGAGAGAAUAAUAUCUAACGCUGCACUGUGCAAGCUAGGGUGCCAGCGCAAGAUUCCGGGUUUUAUACGCUAUGAUCCCUUUGAACCCAAUAAUUGGUGUAUACCUGGUGAUCUUUCUGGAUUCUGCCCUCUGGAAAAAGAGUUUCUUUCUAGCACCUAUAAGAUCUAUAAUGGAGGAACUCGGAAAAUCAAAAGCAAGAGAGUUGCCGAUGUUGUUGAAGCAUUAAUUGGUGCAUUUCUGAGCGCUGGCGGUGAAGUGGCGUCCUUGAUGUUUAUGAAUUGGCUGGGUAUAGAGGUCGAGUUUUCCUGCAUAACAUACCAGAGGAAUGUUCCUAUGAAUCCCCGUAUGAUUCUAAACGUCAAUCAUAUAGAGUCCGUAUUGAAUUACUCAUUCAAGGACCCGUCUUUGGUAGUUGAAGCACUUACCCAUGGGUCAUAUAUGCUACCUGAGAUUCCUCGGUGUUAUCAACGACUGGAGUUUCUGGGAGAUGCUGUGUUGGAUCAUCUGAUCACCAUACACCUUUAUACAAAACAUCCUGAGAUGUCUCCUGGCCUGUUGACUGAUCUAAGGUCAGCAUCAGUCAAUAACGAGUGUUAUGGUUUAUGCGCAAUCCGUGCUGGUCUCCAUAAGCAUAUUCUCCAUGCGUCACAAAUACUAUACAAACAAAUGGCUGCUGCUGUUGCUAGUUUUCAGCAAUCAUCUCUGGAAUCGACUUUUGGAUGGGAAUCUGAGAUAAAUCUUCCCAAGGUGCUAGCUGAUAUCAUAGAAUCCUUGGCUGGUGCUAUUUUUGUUGAUUCUGGAUUCAACAAAGAGGUUGUAUUCAAGAGUAUAUCACCUCUUUUGGAGCCCCUCAUUACUCCGAAAACAUUGAAGCUGAAUCCGGUUAGUGAACUAAAUCAUCUUUGUCAGACACAUCAUUAUACUAUGACGAAGAAAAAAACCUGCGAAAAUGGUGUGGCUUCCAUCACAAUCGAGGUUGAGGCAAACGGAGUCGUACACAGGCAUACGCGCACUGCUUCUGACAGAAAGACGGCCAAAAAACUCGCUUACAAAGCUGUUCUGAAGUCCCUCAAAGAAACCAUUGGAAACUUAUAGACUUCUGGUCCUUGUAGUCUUGUAGAUGCUUAUGGUUAUGGUGUAGAGAGUUUUGUCCAGAUGCAUUAGGGAAGAGCUAGAGUAAUUUAGUUAUCAACCCCAGUGAGAAAUUGUGGUAAAUAGAUUAGUUAUAGGCUAAUGUUAGUGCUUUGUUAUCAUCUGUAUGCAACUAUGCAUGCAGCCAUGCAAUGAGGCUGAAUGAUAGUGUAUGUGACCCCAAUAUUCCAUAUAUAAAUAGUAAUAAAAUGUCAAUUUUUUUUUUUU